UUCCUUUUUUGCAUAAAUACUUAAAACCUUGCUGCAUGGACACUCAUCAAGAAUACAACAAAGUCCACCACAGGGGAGGUAUUAGUUAGUUAGGUGUUAGUUAUUAACAUCUUGGCGGCACUUGAAAUGACUGAAUAUGUGGAUAAUACUAUAUAUGAAAGUACAAUGGACACAGAAGACACAGCAGAGAGGACUGUUGAUAUCUAUGUCACUGCUGAGACUGUAAGAGAUAUUAAACACAGGAAAGAGAAGGAGCACCCUAAAACAACAACCAUCCAAUCACCUCAACACACAGGAAGUGACCCUAUAAAGAAGAGAAGCUUCAGAGAAGCUACAGUGUGUUUGGGGCUGCUGUGUGUUCUUCUGCUGGCUGCAGUCAUAGUGCUGUGUGUGGAACUCAUUACAAAUACUGACCAGUUUAACAUCAAGAGCAAAAAAUUCGCAGAAGAGAGAGAUCAGUUACUAACCAAGAAUACCAACCUCACAGAAGAGAGAGCCUGUUUAAUUUUUACAAAUGAAAAUGUGACCAAGGAGAGAGAUAAGCUAAUAAUCAGAGUUAAUAAUCUGACUUCAGAGAGCGACCAGUUGAAAAAACUUAAGACGAGUCUUGAAACAUUGGAUGGAUGGAUUUACUAUCAAUACCGUUUUUACUACUUUUCAUCUGAGAUGAUGAACUGGAAUGAGAGCAGAAGAUACUGUAGAGAGAGAGGAGCAGAUCUGCUGAUCAUAAACAACACAAAGGAACAAGACUUUGUUAGAGAGAUUACCAAAGAUAAUAUCUGGAUUGGACUGACUGACAGUGACAAAGAGGGCACAUGGAAAUGGGUCGAUGGCAGCACACUAACCGCUGGGGACUGGAGGAAUGGAGAGCCCAGUGGUGGUACAAGUGAAAACUGUUGUGUGCUUUCGUCAGCAAAGUUGACUGAUUGUCCAUGUAAUGCUGGUUAUAAAUGGAUGUGUGAGAAGACCAUUUUACAAUGACUCAUGACAAUAAAUAUUUGUGUAUAGUGUCUAUAUUAUGAACACCCAAAUAGGCCUGUUGAAAUCUUGUGUUGAACAGUCUUGCUUUGUUUGGAUGGCACCAGCCACGGCUCGUCUAUAUGGGCAGGUAGGACAGAGCCCCACCUAAAUAUUCAUCCACUUGCAAACAUAGAUCCAUACUAUAAACUGACAAUAAUGUAAUUUGUUUGCCCAUAAAUGUGUUCAAAAUGCUGACAUAUGUAUUUAAAAGCAGGCCUAGUAUAAGUUUUGAUCCUAUUUCUAAGUCGUAAAGUAGCUGAAAGCUCCAUUACAUAGCGCUUGAUAUAGUUAUUCAAGCAUGUGAGGCAGAAAGUCUGCUGCCCUCCCAAACUCCACAGUGCCCCUUAGUUUUCCCACUGGAAAUCUGUGGUCAGAUAUGAAACUGCAACUAUCCCUCAUUGAGACCUACUGGGGCAGAAAAUAAUCUGCCCAUAAACAGUGCCAAACCAAAGGUAACUUUAGUAUUAGUGCGCGCCAGCAAUGUGACAUAUGCAAACAUGGCGAGCACUAUCGAUGAACGUGUGUGUAACAGCGUGUUGUUUCCAUUGCAAAUUGAAGACAAAUUGGCCAUCUGACAACUUGGUCCUUGGUCAGACAUAAAUAGUUUGGCAAUCAAAAGUUAAGGGUAGGUGAGACGUGUAUUUUGUAUGAUGACAAACUGUCAAAAAGCCUUGGCUCUUGAAACUUUCAGUUUUAAAUUUACUGUGAUUUAAAACUUUCUUAUCAUUAUAAAGCAUUUAGUUUUUUAGAACUAUGAAAUGUGUAAAUGGCAUGUAGAUAGUUCUGUUUCUCUCCCUCCCCUCCCUGGGGUUCUUUCACAACACUUAUAAAAUAACAUUUGAUUUAAAUUUUGAUCUACAACAAGUCAACAUUUUAAGAUAAAGCGUUCUUAAUUGCAUUAUUAGUACCAACAUUAUGUUCUAAGGGUGCCGCCUUAGAAUAAUGCAAAGACGCCACAUAUUGUGUCCGAGUUGAAUAAUAUAAAAAACAAAAAAAAAACCAAUCUGCCCCAUCUAUAUCUCUGGUCACAAGCCGCUACUGGAUGACGUGCCAUCCAUAUAAGCAAGGUAAGCAGUGCUUACCUAACAGAAGGGUGAAAAGAAAAAUGACACUAUGAAAUAUUGAAAUUUGUCAUCUUUCAUCUCAGCUGAGCAGCACAGAAAUGUAUUCAUUUAUUUGCUUUGGCACCACCUUCAGGUAUAAGCACUUUAUGUUAUGCUUUCUUUGAUUCAAAGCAUUGUUUACGGCCCUUUCAUUCAGAACUGUACGUUCAUUCAAAUUGAAUCACGCCCGCUACUACAAAUGGCCAAGGUAAGCAUGCUUACCAAGAUGAGUAAGCCAGUCAGAAGCUCCUUCCUUCAGUCAUGCAAUCUAACAGGCUAGAUUUUUGUUUUCAACACAUUCAAGUUGAAAAACGUGCAUCAGCACAUUCAAGUUCAGAUAACUAAUGCGUUAUUAAGCACUAAAAUGGAUAUAGUGUAAGCAUCGGUGAUCUACCGGGAUUUAGCAAUGUUGAUUUCAAUGGAAUCAAGAAAGAGAGGCCAUUCGAAACUUCAACAAGUGGGCGACUUUUACAACAAAGUGACAGAGGUGUUUAUUCGCAGGGAGAGACGCAUGGAUUUUGUGUUCAAGUGAAGGUUAGUUAAUAUAUAUAUUUUUUUUUAAAUCUGUGUUAUUGAUACUAGGUCAUUGUUUCUGGUUAGUCUGAGGCUAUGAAGUAGUGAUCUAGCAAUCAUGUCCUUCUUGUGUUAUGUCUGUUUUAUAGUUCUAACGUUAGGGUGCAGUGUCUGUUUAAAAAAUAUAUAUAUUAAGGAAUGUAGACUGCCUUGUCUACAUUACAUUUGCCUUGUGCAUUCAGUUUAAGAUUGUCGUCUUUGGUGGUCAGAUUAGUUAAUUGUUGCUGUCCAGUCCACUGGUUCUAAACUGUGGGAAGAGUGACGUGUGAGGCCUAUGAUGCUGAAACUAGUUGUCAGGUGUAUUUUGUUGAUUCAUGUCUUUUAUUUUGAAAUUCUAGUUCCUGUUUCAUGUCAUGUGUUCCUGUUUCCCUUGUCAUGUGAUUCCUGUUUUCCCUCCAUGUUCAUGUGUCAUGUUUUCAUUGGUUUAUUGUUUAAUUAUCUUGUUAUCAGUUCUGUUUGUUCAUUGGUUUAUGUUCCCCCAUGUCCAUGUAUUUAAGCCUCAUGUUUUCCAUUGUGUAGUUGUCUAGUAUUGAAUGUGAUGGAUGUGAGUGUAGAAGUUUAUGUCAGGCCACGUUUAUUGUCAAGUCAAGUUUUUGUCAAAUUUUUAGUCAAGCCAUGUUCAUGUUUAUAUUUAGUUAGGGUUUUUGGAUUUCACGUUCUGUAAUUAAAACUGCACUUGGAUUCUCAUCAUCUUCGUCUUCAUCAUCAUUGCCAGCAGCCAGCAUACGUUACACUAGUAAUUGGCAAUCUUUUUGUUGUAUGUCAAAACAAGCUCUUCUGGCACUAUGGUUCAUUGUAUGAUUUAAUGGACAUAAAUAUGCUCGGCUCACUAUGUGACAAUCUUUAAUUUCUGUGAUAUCAAUAUUACUGUCCUGAAUUUAAAACAAUUUGGUCAUGAAGUUCGCCACUGUGACAUAAUUGUCUCCAUUGAGUGGUGGGUCUUAAGACAACAAUUUACAUCCAUAACAUUUCCGCAACAUUACACUCACCCGUAUAAUGUGUUUUGGGCACAGUGUUUAAUAAUGUUUAUUAAAAAUCUUUGAUACUUGCCCAGUCUGAUGCAAAGCCCAUGGCACUUGCCUCGAUCAAAAUAACAUGUUUAACAAUUACAGACUCACAGCUCUGCAAUCAAUACAAUCUUGGCUUCUUUACAUUACACUACUAGAGCUAAUGUGACUUAGUUUGUUGUGGAUCAUGGGCUAAUCUUCAAACAGACCUUUAAUUCAUUCAUUAGUGUUCCUCAUUCUCAAUAUUCACUCUCUGAUACUCACUAAUGUCUGAACACAUGAAGACAUCACAAACAAACUGCUAAAAUAUACCUGUGAAAUGUAAUAGCUAUGCUGUCCAUGGAGGGAAAGAACAAUAUUUUGAUUAAUAAAUUUUCAUGCAAACAACAUUUUCCAAUAAAUUUAACUCAGCUAAUCAGAA